UUCUCCAGCCUCUGCUCCAGCGCCAGAGCAGCGAGAGAGGGAGAGAGAUGCGCUCAUUGACGACACGGCAGCAACGAAAUGCGCACAGCUCCGCUCCCGGUCCGGGGAUAGCAGAGCCCUGACCCCUGCUCUCCCUAUCGCGAUGGGUUAGAGGGGAAAUGGCAAACUUUGACACACUUUGCUUGACACCGGGGAAUCAUGCCCGGAGAUCCGUGCUGCCGAGCGGCUCAGCUCAGAGCACAAUAACAGAGAAGUGAGAGAGAAGGAGAGAGAGCCGAUUCUAUUUUCUGACUGUUUCUAUUCCGUUUUUGGGCUUUGAGAGAUGAUCACGGAGCUGGUGUGCACCGCCGUGGCUGUGGGUCUCUAUCUGAACACGCUGGACGCAGAUUUCUGCUACGAUGACAGUCGAGCCAUCAAGACGAACCAGGAUCUUCUGCCAGAGACGCCGUGGACCAACAUCCUGUAUGAUGAUUUCUGGGGGACACUGCUCACCCACAGCGGCAGCCACAAGUCAUUCCGCCCGCUCUGCACCCUCUCAUUCCGCCUCAACUACACCCUGCACGGCCUGCGACCUUGGGGUUACCACUUGCUGAACAUCGUGCUGCAUGGCCUGGUCACGGCCAUGGUCACGGCCCUCAGUCACUCGCUGCUCGGCAGGGGCUUGUGGAGCCUCCUCGCCGGCCUCCUGUUUGCCUCUCACCCGGCGCACACCGAAGCGGUCGCCGGCGUGGUCGGCAGGGCGGACGUCGGUGCCGCUUUGUUUUUCCUGCUGUCUCUCCUCUGCUAUGUGAGACACUGCGGAUUACGGGGUGACAAAUGGAGGGCUUUUCAGAGGAGGACAUGUGGCGGCAGCUCUGCUACCAGAUGCUGGGGCUGGAUGCUGGGCAGCCUGUGGUGUGCAGCUGCCAGCAUGUUGUGGAAGGAGCAGGGUGUGACUGUGCUGGCUGUGUCGGCCGUGUACGACCUCUUUGUGUUUCAGAAGCUGCGCGUUCGCCAGGCACUGCUGCUUCUGUUAGGGAAGAAAAAGAACCUAAGUGUUUUGCUGAGUCUCUGCAUGCUGGCCUGCUGGGGAGUCAUUUUGCUGUCAGUCCGCCUCUACUGGAUGGGAAACAAGCCUCCAAACUUUUCCAACUCAGACAACCCAGCAGCUGACUCUCCACAUUUUCUCACUCGAACUCUAACAUUCCUCCACUUGCCUGCUGCCAAUGCCUGGCUCCUGCUCUGCCCGGACAAACUCAGUUUUGACUGGUCCAUGGAUGCCGUGCCCUUGGUCAGGUCCUUGGCCGACUGGAGGAACCUUCACACUGCUGCCUUUUACUGCGGGUUGAUCCUCCUGGCUUUGUUCGGCUUCCGCGGUGCCACAGUCGCAGCGAAGGAGACCAACGGGAAAUCCCAUCUAACAAAUGGAAAAUCGGUCACAAAUGGGAAUGGUUACCAUGCCCCUGACACAAACCAAAACAGGGAUCUGCCAAAACCCACUCUCAAUGGGUCUGCUGUACCUCACCGCUGUUACUCCCACACAUCCCUGCCCCCCACAGAAAGCUUAGUUGUGUUUUCAUUGGGAAUCCUGGCAUUGCCUUUCAUCCCGGCCACCAACUUAUUCUUUUAUGUGGGUUUUGUGAUUGCAGAGAGGGUACUUUACAUCCCCAGCAUAGGCUACUGCAUACUAGUUGCGACAGGUGCACGAACGUUGUAUGUUAGACUGAGGACAAGAGCCUGCAAGGCUGCAAUGUUGUGUCUUUGCAUCGGACUCGUGCUACUGAAUGGGCUCAAAACAGUUCAAAGGAACAAAGACUGGAGCAACGAAGAAAAUCUUUACAAGUCUGGGAUCCAUGUGAACCCUGCAAAAGCCUGGGGAAACCUGGGAAACGUACUGAAGAACCAGGGCAAGAUGGCGGAGGCGGAGAAGGCAUACCGAAAUGCUCUUCACUACAGAGGGAACAUGGCUGACAUGCUGUAUAACCUGGGUUUGCUGCUGCAGGAGAACGAACGUUUCUCUGAGGCGCUGCAGUAUUACAAGCUCGCUAUUGGGAGUCGACCAACUUUGGCAUCGGCUUACUUGAACACAGGAAUAAUCCUCAUGAACCAGGGAAACCUGGAGGAGGCCAAGCGCACCUUCCUCACUUGCGCUGACAUUCCAGAUGAAAACUUGAAGGAUCCUCACGCCCACAAGAGCUCAGUCACCAGCUGCCUGUAUAACCUGGGGAAGCUGCUUCAUGAGCACGGCCAGCAGGAGGAGGCUCUGUAUAUUUAUAAAGAAGCAGUGCAGAAAAUGCCAAAACAGUUUGCACCACACAGCCUUUUCAACAUGAUGGGAGAGGCCUAUAUGCGGCUGAACAGGCUGGAGGAGGCCGGUUACUGGUACAGAGAGUCCCUCAAAGCCAAGCCUGACCACAUCCCUGCCCACCUCACCUACGGCAAACUAUUGUCAAUCAUUGGGGAGAAAAAUGAAGCAGAGAAAUACUACAUGAGAGCAAUUCAGCUCGAUCCAACUAAAGGAAACUGUUACAUGCACUAUGGUCAGUUCCUGUUGGAGCAGUCUCGCCCUAAAGAAGCGGCGGAGAUGGCUGAGAGAGCUGCCGAGCUGGACAUGGAUGAAUUCGACGUGGUCUUCAACGCUGCUCACAUGCUCAGACAGGCCAAUCUAAAUGAAGCAGCAGAGCGGCAGUAUAAACGUGCAGCCAGCCUCAGACCAGAUUAUCCAGCUGCUCUGAUGAACCUUGGCGCCAUCCUUCACCUGAACGGGAAGCUUCCCGAGGCGGAGGCCAACUACCUACGAGCCCUUCAACUCAAACCUGACGACGCCAUUACUCAGUCCAACCUGCGCAAGCUAUGGAACAUCAUGGAGCGACAGGGGCUCAAAACGAAGCAGAGAGGGGAGCCCUAAACUGAGAAGACUGCUGUCUCGUUUCGUUGCGGUGCUCGAAACAUGGAGCGGGACGGACACAAAACGCUCAGUCGAGUUCGGGGAUGGUCAAAGUUGGUGUGAUUGAGGUUUGAUGGCAAACUUCUGCAUUACACCGCAGUGUUCAUUUGGUGGCUCAGACUACUAAAACUAAAUCUAAUGGUUCUUUUACCAUAAAUGUGAUACAGCUCUUGUUAAAGGAGACAAAAAUGGAGAGAUGCACUGAGAAAUUGGCUAGGGACUAGCUCCGACCAGUGGUGUCAAAAACUCACAAAUGCUUUCUUUUCUUCAAGCAGUAAACAAGUAGGCACUAACAGCAGCACAAUUCAGGUUGGAAUCUGUUGUGGGAAUUAGGGAGGCAUCAGAAGAAGCUCAAAAUUGGCAGGAAGCUGCAUCAACGGGAAGAGAGAGACCUCGGCAGAUACCAGGUGGACUGGGGUAUAAACAUGGACGGCCUCUUUGAAAUCUCAGAGUUAUGGCAAAAAUCGACAUUCUCCAGGACAGUGGUUCUCAAUCUUUUUCUCGCAAGUACCACCUCAGUACAUCAUUGACAUUUUUAAAACAGUAACACAACAAGACUUGGACUUUUGUAGUUUGUCAGAUUUUGUCUUCUUUAUAUCAAAAUGGAAAAACAGAAGGAAAAGCAGUGAGUGUUUGGUUGAUAAGUCCAAGUUUUUUACACUUGCUAUGAAAUCCAACAUGGCUGCCAUGAGUUUAGACGAUUGGUAAUAAACAGUUUAUUUGCAUUUCUGAAAGUAUCUAACGAUCACAUUAGGAAUUGCCCACGUUCUACUGUAUAGCCUCUGUUAGGGAAUAUGUUUCUUUAGAAUUAAAGUUAAUGAAAUGCUAAGAUUUACAUAUCUGUCAGUUCAUAUUUCUUAUAGUAGUUAGCUUAUCACUGAACACUGCAGUUAGAGUUGAUAUCUUUCUCUAAUCCAUGUUCCAGAGUGAAAAAUAAAUAAGUAAAGAAUAAAGCACUAAAAUAACCAAACUAUUGUAAACUAUACCAACAUCAAUAUCUGACAUAAGACAAAAUGUAUUUGCACCAAAGAAUUUUGCUUUCUAUGUCCUUUUAACAUUUUUUACACAAAUAUAAACUAUAGAGGGGCUUUUUUAUAUUUUAUCCAAAUUUUACACAAAUAAAA